CUCUAUCACAGGGCAGCCACAUCUUGCAUCCAUCAGUCGCCAUGGAAACCGCGUGCAAACCAGGAAACAAACCCAAAAUGUGCAAAUAAAUAAAUAAAUUAAAACAAGCAUGAGAACAUUUAGAGCGAAACAAAAGGUCACAGCUGCAUUAAAAAUACAAGACAUGUAAUGGCAGGAUGUUGGCAGCCUAGUGGAGCACGCCGAGCCAAAACUACAGCUGUCUCCGUGGUGACAAUUGUAACCCGGUUUCCCAACCGCUUCCCGCAUAGAAAGCCCGUGUGCGUCUGCGCCACAGGCAGCAAUCCGCUGGCUCAUGUCGGGGCUUCGUUUUAUUCAGCUGAUUCACCAAGACUUGCACAAUUCCGUCGCCUAUUGGGCGGAAUCCUCCGGGUGCUCGACACACGGCGAGCGUGGCGUUCACUGAAAUCAUAGGCGUGGUUUUGGCUGGAGAUGCUCCGUCUGCUCCCGCUGGGAUCCCCACCUGCCGUCACAUCGCGUUUCUCACUUCUCCAGCUGGUAUUUUCCUGAGCCACUACAGCGCGGAUUUGAUUUUGGUUUCAUUUUUGUCAAAGAAGACGAUGGUGAUGACUAUGUCUGGGGUUGUAGUGUGAUUACAGCGCUGUGGACGUACGGGGCCCCCGAUUUUAAUCAUCUCCGGAGCGGAGGUAAACAAGAGCAUACAGCGCGUCGCUUGGCCUCCAGGUAGCAGCAGCAGCAGCAGCAGGGGCAGCAGUGGGAAAGGAGCCUCAGCGGAGACCCUGGUUCAUGUGAAGGGCUGUUUGACGCGCAGGUCGUGCAGGCAGCGGUUCGCAAGGAUGGAAAAUACAUGCAAGAUGCCUAAAAGAUCGCCCUGGUUCGGUUUGCUUGUAGUGGCGUCUGUUUUACUUUUAGUGGACAGCAAGAGAGCCAGGCAGCCCCGCUGUCCCCCAUUAUGUACAUGUACCAAAGAUAACGCGUUGUGCGAAAGCGCAGGACUGAUCCCUCGCAGCUUCCCCCCCGAUGUCAUAUCACUAUCAUUCGUCAAGUCUGAAUUCACUGAAAUCCCGAAGGAGAGCUUCAUCCACACGCCUGCCCUUCAUCUCCUGCUCUUCACAGCCAACAACCUGGAAUCUAUAAACGAGGACGCUUUCCUUGGUCUUCCUCAUCUGGAGUAUCUGUUCAUCGAAAACAACCAGAUCAAGUCGAUUUCGCCAAAUGCUUUUCGUGGACUGAAAACCUUAGUGCAUCUGAGUCUGGCCUACAAUAAUCUGGAGACUCUGCCCAAAGAUUUGUUCAAGGGUCUUGAGGCCUUGACAAAAGUAGACUUGCGCGGGAACCAGUUCACCUGUGACUGUAAGCUGAAGUGGUUGGUUGAGUGGAUAUACAGCACCAAUGCUACAGUGGAUCAGAUUUACUGUAAAGGCCCGGUCUCACAGUUGGACAAGAAGAUUAAUGAUCUUGCGCCGCAGUCCUUUGACUGCAUCACCACAGAGUUUGCCUCCUACCAGUCCCUAAAGUUUGAAUCGAUAUCAGUGGAGGCGUUUUCCUUUGGGAAUGACCAAUAUGUGGUGUUUGCCCAGCCCUUCAUUGGGAAAUGCAGCUUUCUAGAAUGGGAUCAUGUGGAGAUGGUCUUCAGAAACUAUGACGAUAUUGACAGCACAUCCACAGUGAUCUGCAAACCUCUGGUCAUUGACAACCAGCUUUUUAUCAUUGUGGCUCAGCUGUUUGGUGGCUCACACAUCUAUAAGCGUGACACUUCGGCCAACAAAUUUAUUAAGCUCCAAGGCAUUGACAUCCUCAAAAUCCGCAAACCGAACGAUGUUGAGACAUUCCGCAUUGAUGGAGAAUCUUUUUUCGUCAUAGCAGACAGCUCCAAAGCUGGUUCCACCACCAUCUACAAGUGGAACGGCAAUGGCUUCUACUCUCACCAGUCUCUCCACCCGUGGUACCGUGACACUGAUGUGGAGUACAUGGAGAUCUCCUCCAAGCCUCACCUAAUCCUGUCUAGCAGCUCCCAGAGGCCGGUCAUCUACCAGUGGAACAAAACCACCAAGCUGUUUGACAGACGCACCGACAUCCCAGAGAUGGAGGACGUCUAUGCUGUGAAGCAUUUUCAGGUCAAAUCAGACCUCUUCAUCUGUCUGACGAGGUUCAUUGGUGACUCCAAAGUGAUGCGCUGGGAAGGGUCCCUGUUCAGAGAGUUGCAGACCAUGCCCUCUCGUGGCUCCAUGGUGUUCCAGCCCUUCACUGUGGGCAGUUGGCAGUAUGCCAUCCUAGGCAGUGAUUACUCUUUCACCCAGGUGUACCGCUGGGAUGCCAAGAAGGGCGAGUUUGUCCAUUUCCAGGAGCUGAACAUCCAGGCGCCGAGGGCCUUCUCUCCAGUCUCCAUAGACAACCGACAGUUCCUGUUGGCCUCAAGUUUCAAAGGAAAAACUCAGAUUUAUGAGCACCUGGUCAUUGAUCUGAGCAAUUGAGCGAUUGUCUUCUUGACUGGUUGGCUGUUGUUUGAGUGGUCUCUGUGUUUAGAGAUGGUUGUUGCAGCAGAUCCAUGGCUGAACAACACUGAAAGGCAUAAUCAUCUAAUUCUAACUUGAGCAAGGCAUGCAUCACUCUUUUCUUUUUUAAUUUUCCAUUGCAAUCAGAGCAUGAUACAUUUAAAGCUAAUUGCAUAUAUCUCGACCAAAUAUAUUUGACUGAGAUGCAUGUGCAGUUGAAUGCAAGCUUCUCGAGUUAGGAUUAGAUCCAGUAUGUUAAGAAGACAUUAAUGCAUGACCAGGCCUCACACAGACCAUCCCAUUCUGAUGAAUGCAGCAUCCAUGCUCAUUAAUCCAUUGAAUCUUGCAUUGGCCAGUUUUCUUUUUUGUGUCCAGCUUUUAAUGUCAUUCAACGAUGUUUAUACAUUUGUAAUCUCAUAUAUUUAUCUACAGAAAGUAAUAAUGAAAUGAUACUUUUUAAACCUAUUAACAUGUUGAACAAAUCUGCCAAAAUGAAAUGUUUACAAAUUUUUGUCUUUCCACUUGUAUGCUACAGGAUUUGUAAAUGAAGCUUUUAUAAGUUUAAGAGGGACCACACCAGUUAGAUACAUAUUUGUUAAGGAGAAUGAUUUUAAACUUAGGUUUAUAGUUUGGAAAAUGUCAGAAAUGUUGUGUGAGAAUCUACCUGUAAAUCCUUGUGACUUACAUUUUUAUUGUUAAUGGUUUAUAAUGUUUAAAGUAUUGAAGUUUUUCAUUAGAAGUAUGGAAAACAUUUUGGGCAACCUUGGAACUAUUUUCACACACUUAAAGGAACUGCAAUGAAUUGUUCAUAAUGCUUUACCUUUGACUAACAUGUAUGCAAAAUACGUCAACUGUGUCAUGAUUAGGAUGAAGUCAUUGACUAACAUCAUGCUAUUUACAGUCAAUAAAAAUUUACAUUAUUAAAUGUUA